AAACAUAAGUUAGAAUCAAAAUGAAGGGUUUUUAAUCAUAGCUCGGAGGAGAGUAGUGGUGUGUGUCUUUAAUCGCUCAGAGGAUACGUCUCUCUUUAGUUGCACUUUUCAUUCAGUCCAAUGAAGAGAUAGGCAGUGAGUGCAGGCUAAUCCAGUGUCGUUGAAUCGCCUUUAAUUGGAAUUACCUGACCAGCACAAUGAAGCAGGUUUUCGUGCUGGUUUUCUUUGGAGCGCUUGCACUCGCAUCAGCUGAUAGCGAACACAUCAAUGAGGAUGAAAAAGUAGACAAAGACUUGGAGCUGAAUGACCUCGUAGCUGAAGCCGGUGGUCACGGACCCCCUGUUUACGGUCCACCGCCGAAGUUUGGCCCACCCCCUCGCCAGUCCUAUGGCCCACCUUCAAGACCGCAAAAGUCGCAUGGGCCACCCAGGCAAAGUUACGGACCACCAAGGAGGCCACCAAAGCCCUCAUAUGGGCCACCGCCGAAUUUCCACAGCCCACCGGAACAAAAUAAUUUUGGGUCGCACAAUCACGUGCACGGAGCCGCUGGAGACUGCCCUCCGCUUACUCCAUCAAACGGCCCGCCCCAGCAAGAUUUCAGCAGCGGCCCGCAGCAAGUGCCCGAGGCAAACAUAAUCACGGCCAGCAAUUUCCACAACCACUUGCCAGCAGCUCCUCAGUUCAGACCGCCAAGGCCCAAUUACGGCCCUCCUCCGCCAAGCAAUUCGUAUGGUCCGCCACCCUCUGGUCCGAGUAACUCAUAUGGAGCUCCUCCACCUCCUAGGCCGCCAAGCAACUCGUACGGCCCACCGCCCUCCGGCCCGAGCUCAUCGUACGGAGCUCCUCCACCCCCUAGCAAUUCUUAUGGCCCACCACCUUCGGGUCCCAGCAACUCGUAUGGUCCACCACCACAAUCUGCUCCUAGCACUUCUUAUGGAGUUCCUCGAGCCCCACCUAGCAAAAAUUACGGCCCCCCUCCCUCAGCUCCCAGCUCAUCAUAUGGAGCACCACCUGCUCCUCAAAGCUCGGCUCACGGCCCACCGCCAUCAGCUCCCAGCUCAAAUUACGGAGCUCCUCCUGCACCUCCAAGCAACUCAUACGGCCCUCCACCAAGUGCUCCUAGUAAUGACUUUGGUCCUCCUCCCUCGGCACCGGCUCAAUCAUAUGGACCUCCUCCAUCUGCACCCAGCAAUUCGUACGGACCUCCCCCAUCUGCACCUAGCAAUUCCUACGGCCCUCCACCCUCGGCACCUAGCAAUUCCUACGGCCCUCCACCAUCGGCACCAAGCAACUCUUAUGGUCCUCCACCCUCGGCACCAAGCAACUCUUAUGGUCCUCCACCAUCGGCUCCAGCCCCCAUAACUUCAUAUGGACCACCACCUCUUCCCCCUAGCUCUUCAUACGGAGCACCUCCAUCUGCACCAAGCACUUCAUAUGGCCCUCCCCCGUCAGCACCAAGCUCUUCUUAUGGUCCACCACCCUCUGCGCCAAGCUCUUCUUACGGAGCUCCUAUUGUUUCUGAUGUUAGAACUCCUAAAGAGCACCGAAAACCUGGACCUCUGGAUCCGGAACCUCUGUCAGGACCUCCCCCUGGCGUCGACAGUCCACCAACGAAGCCAAGGAUUAUGUAUGAUGGAUGGAAGCCCAUGCCUGGUCUCGUUUCUCACCUCCAUGGCGCCAAGGCUGUUGCUGGAAUUGGUGGUUCUGUUGAAGGACCCCCGCAAGAUUCGUACGGGCCACCACCCCCCUCAAUCAGUACCUCUUAUGGUCCACCCAGCAAAGGAAAUUCCGCUCCUCCUUCCAAUCUUUAUGGCCCACCACCAAAACAGAUUAUAACCUCCUAUGGACCCCCACCCAAGCACCAUCAUCCUAGACCGCACCACAAGCGCCCUUCCUCUUCGUACGGUCCUCCUCCUCGCCAACCUCCUCGUGAUUCAUACGGUCCACCGCCAAAGAAUACCUAUGGCCCGCCACCUAAGGACUCUUACGGCCCACCUCCCCCUCCUAAAGAAUCUUACGGACCCCCUAGAGACUCUUACGGCCCUCCUCCCCCUCCCAAGGAAUCUUACGGACCUCCCAGAGACUCUUAUGGACCACCUCCACCUCCAGGACCUCCCCAAAACUCUUACGGGCCUCCUCAAGUAGCUUACACUGUUGCUGGACAGGACACAGGACUUGACAUUAAUCCUCCCAAAGUUCCCGUGCAGUUCCGUCCUCCAGUGCCUGAUGGACUUUUAGAGAGCAUCGCUGUUUCCGCACAGGCUAACCAGGAAGGUCACUCCGUCCAAAAGCAACCAGGCAACACCUACCUGCCCCCGGCAGUGCCUGACCCAGGCAACAAUUUGUUCGCCGUUCCCCCUGCCUUUGGCGAUGCUGCCCAUGUUGGACAGGUCACUUCCUACACUGUACAAAAUUUCGGUUUGACCGGCCCUGGGGCUCCUGGUGCCCCUGCCAUCACUAUCGGAAAUUUUGCUGAGCCGCUUUUGUCGUACGGUGUUCCCCAGGACACUCAAAACUUCGGUCCCAGCGGACAAUUCGCUGAACCCCCGGGCAACUUCCAAGCGCAAUUUGAGCAGCAACAACAACAGCAUCACGUGCAAGACCACCAGCGUGAUAUUAAUGUGCCAUCCAACCACGCCCCCUCACACAAAGAGAUCCCCAUCAAAGGAGAGCACGGAACGUACACCCUGCAGGUGCAAGCCUCUGGCGGCUCACCGCACAACCCCGAAAUCCCUCACGAGCAGAUCCUCUCUCAAGACUUAUUGAAAGACGUUCUCGCAGCCAUUGAGCAAAGGGGCCAGGGUGGCAGCAACGGCCAUAACAUCGAGGUUUCGCCUAUACACGAUAUUAACAGUUUGUCCGACUUGCGAUUUGCUGCCUCUGAGCAUCAUGACCUGAAUGUCGCUGCGACAGAUCAGAGAGAAAUUAUCGCCCAACUUACUCACGUGCAACACCCCAGCACCCAAGCUACCACUACUACUCCAGCAACGAGCUCCACGACGGCUGCAGAAGUCAGCACAUCGACCUCAGUCGUCACUUCCUCUUCGUAGUGUUUGCUAGAUUGAGCGCUUGCCAUUUUUUUGUGCAUGUGCAAUUGUAUUUUUGUUUUCGACAUCAUGAAUAUUAUUUAUUGAUUAUCAAUCCAUUGCGAUCAAUGUUGAAAAUAACUUACAAUUGAAUGAGUCAAUGUGGAAUAAAGAAUGUGUUAUUUUAUAAAUAAAGCAAUUAAAUGGGAUUUUAGGGACAUUACUCCUAUUUCAUGAAAUAGGUAUGCACUGUGUUUAGGGCUUGCUGUGUCUUGUUUCUCGUGGAUUGUAUGGAAAAGAAAUUUUGACAAGUUUAUUUUGUACGUGUUUUGUUGCAGUGAAAUUGCUCAAGAUAGAAAUGUAUUUUUGUCCGAAAAUUAUUGGAAAAGCGUUGCUUCACUAAUAAUAAAUAAAUCCAACUGAAUAGAAGUAGAAACCGCAGGUCGUAAGUUUUAUUAAAAUGCAGUUCAUAUCAGUUUAUAUUUCAAUAAACUUAUAUUGCCAUCCAAAUAACAAUAAAGACUAUAUUUAUAUAAACAUU